AAAUUGGCAGGGAGGUAGUUUAGAGCCAGGAGAAGGACAUAGGAUACUUUUUAUUUUUUUAUGUUAAAAGUCAAUACAAUUCAUAAAUAAAAAAAAUUAUAUUUCAAAUCAUAAUCAUGUGUUCAAAAUUCAUAUUAGAAUCAUUUGAAUAUUUUAUUACUUCAAAAAAGAAAAAAUAAUAAUAAUAUUAAUAUUGAAGUGAAGUUUAAUUAAUAAUGCCGCGACCAAGAUGAUCGAAUCUUUCCCGACAAAGCCGUGAUGCAAGAAGAAUACGAAAUACUGAAAAUGAAAGGACUGAAGAAGAACAAGAAAUUGCACGUGAACAGCGCCGCGAUAGUAUGGCUCGAAUUCGUGCUUCUCAAUCACGAGAGCAAAGUGAAGCAGCCCGUGUAACAGCUCGGUUGGCAAUGCAGAAUCGUCGAGCGAACAACAGAGGUCAACAAAUAGAUAAUUUGCGACGCAGAACAAGAUAUUUAUGUGCUGAUUUGAAUCGAGCAGCGUUUCAAUACGAUUGCAGCAAUGAUUACAGCUUGCAUCCUAGCGUUUGCAUUGGGCAAAUGGACGUAGUUUGCGAGUAUUGUGGUGCAUUAAAGUUUUCCGGAGAAACGCCUGGAUUAUGCUGCCUUAAUGGUAAAGUGAAAUUGUCAUUCUUGACUCCGCCACCUGAGCCAUUGUAUUCAUUGCUUUGUGGCGAAACACAAGAAUCACGCCACUUUCUUGCAAAUACUCAAAAAUACAAUGGUUGUUUCCAGAUGACGUCAUUUGGGGCAGAUAUUAUCGAAGAACGAGGGUUUAAUCCGACAUUUAAGAUACAAGGACAGAUUCAUCAUCGAAUUGGAUCAAUUCAUUGGAAAAGAUAAAAUAAUCUUCUACACCAUCUUGGUUGUGAAAUUUAACGCUUGUCGGAAAUUCAUUCGGAGAGUCACGUCACGGAAAAGUAAAAAAGAUCUAAUCACCAUUAUUAGUAUCAAUUAGUAUGUUGAUUUAAUAUAUAAAAUACAUUUAAAAAUAUUUGCAAUUUAUUGAAUAACACAUAAAAUUAUUGUCCACAAUAUCAGAUAAUUUUGUAACGUCUAAUAAUUUAUCGUUGGUUAACAUCUCUAAUUUACUUGUUUUUAACAGAAGCCUGCUUCAAUUUUUAGACUCCCAUUUCAUAUAUGUAUAGUACCUCAAAAGCUAUAAAAUUGAAUACAUCGCUUAUUUCUUGCACUUUCACAUGAAAGCCUUUUAAGCUCAAGCAAACUUUCAAAAAAAAUUCGAGAUAGAGCUUUGAGUUAAAAAGCCUUAAACAAAUUUGCAGCUAGCACACAAAAAUUUUUCAAAGCUAUUUUGAAAAGGAAAAAUCCAUUGGGUGUAAGCUACCUAUUAGCGCUUAUCAUAACGCAAUCGCUUACUAGUUGCAUUUUCACAUGCAAACUUUUAAGGUUUCGAAUUUGUAGGUUUUCACUAGACCUUUAAGACACAAAGUUAAAAACAUUGGUUCACAUUUACGGUCACUGACGUUUUUGUGGGAAUGAUCCCUUGGUUUACAUUUUAUGAGGUCAAUGCACAUUUUGUUUACAUAUAGUCAAGGCCACAACCUUGUCAACCAUCCAUAUUUAAGAAAAAAAAUUCGCAAAAAAAGUCUUUUUUA